AUGCACCAAACUCAAACCAUUUUCAUCACACUACUCGAUACAAUGUUGAUUACUCUAGAAUGCAUUCUACUUGCGUUACAGACGGUUGCUGCAGUUCGAGUUUCAUUACAUUCACCGAUUGGAAUUGACAGUCAAUCAAGCAAUAGGCUAUCAAAACGAUCACCCGUUGAAUUGGAUGGUGAUGUUAACAAAUGUUUCACAAUGAAAUUUAAUGUCGAUGGAGUCAAUUUGGGUUUACGAGUCGAUUCAGAUGUCUCUGAUAUGAUCGUACCACUUCCUAGUUCAAGCAGAGAUGUAGGUUUGGCUCCAGAAAGUACUCCGAAUGGAGAACCCGUUACUAUAAAGUACAGAGGCAAAGAGUAUAGUGGAUUUAGUUCCGACGCCGUUGUGACGAUUCCGGGUACUGGGAUAACUGGCGUCAAUUUACCAGUAAUAGCAGUUGAAAAACAAUCACCAGAUCUAGUUGGUAUCAGUCCGAACCUUGAUGGAGUAUUUGGGUUUGCCUAUUCCUCGUUGUCAAAGCAUCAUCCACCAGCCACUGCAAUGGAUACUUUGUACAAUGAUGGUGUCAUUCCUAAUAACGAGGUUAGUCUUCAACUAUGUCCGUAUGAUAUGACUUCAGAUAGCUUCAUCAAUAUAGGAAACACGGAAAUAGCUGCAAAAUGCGAAACGGAUGGAAGGAGUAUUGCAUGGGUAGAAUCACCAACAACAGAUCGUCAUACUGUCAACAUCAAGAGUAUACUAAUCAAUGGCGAACCAGUGGAGCUGCCUGCUGAAUUCCAAAAAAAGGUGGAACAUGGACAUACUUUGUACUCGGUUAUACAAACAUGUUUUAUACAUAUGUAUUUCCCUAGAGUAGUCGUGAAAGCGUUGGUUGAUGCUAUUCUUGAUAGUGAUGCGAUUACUGUCAAAAAAACUGUGUUUAGUAACAAGCUCAACAAAAAAGAAGUCAAAAGAAUAUUUUGGGAAUACCACGCAAUGUCCGAAUCCGGUUUUAAUAUCGAUUGGGGCAAGCUGCCGUCGUUUACAAUUGUAAUGCAUGCUCAAACCCCCGUAACUGAUGACAAUAGCAAUUCCGUUGUAAAGAUCACACUGGGUCCUAGAGAUUAUAUACAGAAAAUUGAUUAUACAAGAUUGGUGUUUGCUGUAACAACUGGUUCAAAUGACAAAGCAGUUCUUGGUAUUCCAUUUAUGACUCAUCUUGCAGUCACAUUUGAUUUACAGAAUAAACGCAUUGGGCUUGGUCCUGGAUGUGGAUGCGAAACUAUGACUGAUGGAUAUCCUAUUAUUUCAAACGGUGAUCAAGUACUAUGGCCAUUAUCACAAUUGCCUGAACAACCAAGUACUUCAGGUUCAGAUAGAACAUCUAGUCUCAGGAGAUCAUUGUCGCGACUUGGUAAUACUUUUCGUGGUAGUAUUCGUCGUAGUAUUGAUAUGAUGUACGUUAGGACUCUUGGUGUUAGCAAUCAUUAA